GUUUGGAGCCUCCGGAACUGCGUGCGCGGGUGGAACUUCAGGAACCCGGGAGCUGUAGGAUGCAGGGUCCCGGGCGCGGAGGCCUUUAAGAAGAUCCUGAAACUUCCUGCCUCAGUUUCCCCAUCUGUAGAAUGAAAUAAUAGUGCCUGUGACAUAAGGAUGUUGUGAGGAAUAAAUGAUUGACUCCAAAGUCCAACAGUACCUGGUACAGAAAAAGCAUUCAGAAUUUAGCCAUUGUAAGGUUAAAAAGCAUUGAAUGGAAUCAAUUUGUAUUCCAAAACUGGACCAACACAAAGACUUGAUGUUGUGGAAUCGGGAGCAAACAAGCAAUGUCAUCUAAUGAACAAGAAAGAGUCUUGUGUUAUAAUGGUGAAGUCCUUGUUUUUCAAUUGUCUAAAGGAAAUUUUGCAGAUAAAGGGCCUGCAGAAAUACCCAUAUUACAUGUCAGAAGAAUGGUAUUUGACAGAGAAACAAGUGCAUUUGUUCAGAAGUCCACUGGAUCCUUUAGCAUAAAGGAAGAAAACUCUGAUUUAAAAAUCUUGUGUUGCAACUGUGUAUCAGAUUUCAGAACUGGAAUGAACCUCCCUUAUAUUAUGAUACAAUGCAAUGAAAAGAAUAAUGUUUUCAAAUAUUUUCUACUAUUUCUUCACAGUACCAAUAAAUUUGAAAAACGUUUGAGUUUUAGACUAUCCCAUGAGUUGAAGGAUGGCCUAGGGGUCUUUAACGGGCCUUUAAUUAUAUGGAAACAUGUUAAAACAUUCUUCUAUCUCUCUCCCCAGACUAGCGAAGUUAUUACUGUGUCCAUUAACUUUUCCUCUAUUGAGUGGGCAGGAGAGAUUGAAAAUCUAGGUAUGGUUUUAUUAGGACAAAAGAAAUGUUAUUUAUCUGAGGAGGAAAGCACCUCAGAGCCUUCAAAAUCAGAUUAUGCAGUUUGGAACACCAGAUUUUGUGUAUGCUUUCUUGAAAGUGAAGAAGUAAUAAGUGAUACAUACAUUAUCCCUCCUGCUUAUAGUAGUGUGAUAACUUGUGUGCAUGUCUGUGCAACUGAGUUUGUCAACAACAAGCUAAGAAUGUCUUUGAUUGCCCUUACCCGGAGGAAUCAGCUGAUUUCAUUCCAGAAUGGGACUCCUAAAAGUGUGUGCCAGCUUCCAUUUGAAGAUCCUUGUGCAAUACAACUUAUGGAUUCAGGCGAAGACCGUCUUCUCAUUGUGUCCUUUAGGUCCAGUGCUUGUGGUGUUUGGGAAAAGAACUUUCAGGUUGCUGCUAAGUGGGAACAAAUUAGCUCAGUACUCAUAGAUGACUUUAUUGGAACUGGAACAGAACAAGUACUGCUACUUUUAAAGGACUCCUUAAAUUCAGAUUGCCUGAGUUCAUUUAAAAUAACAGAUCUUGACAACAUAAACUAUUCAAGUCAAACAUUGGAUUGCAAUAAAGGUGACGUAUUUGAAGACAAAGAAGAUAAUCGUUAUUUGGUGAUUCCAGCUCUGGAAAGAAGAGUGAAAGUUGGUUUGGCUUCUAUUCAGGAAGUUCAGAAGCAUCUUUUGCUUAAGGAAAAAGUUAUCUUAAAAUCUUACAAAGCUUUAAUGAACUUGCUUCAAGGAAAAGAAUGUAGUACAUCAAUUGCAGAGGAGGAAUGUCUUGUUACUCUUUGUGGUGAAGAAGAAAAUCAUGUUCAUACUUGUGAUAAGAACUUACCAGGCAAUUCUCAAGAUUCAAAACAGCUAGUAGAGAAGACAUGGUAUCGUGUAAUAGAUGAUAGUUUGGUUGUUGGAGUGAAAACCACAUCUUCUUUGAAGCUGCCUCUGAACCAGGUGACUUUAUCGUUGUUAAUGGAUGAACCUCAUAGCUCCAGCUUUCGGCUUAUUAAGUGUCAAAAUAGGGUGAUCAAGUUGAGUAGGGACUCUUUUUCAGCACCCUUCUCAGUGCCAUAUGAAAAAGGACCAGAGGCAAAAAGAAUCAAAUUGACUGUUGAUAUUCAGGAAGAGGAUGAAGAGAGCUUUGUUUGUGGACAAUCAUCUGAGAAAGAGUGUGUUCAGAUAGUUACUGCCGUAACAUCUCUUUCGCCACUUUUAGCACUCAGUCAGGUAUCUUGCAUUGUGCUGCUGCAAAUUAGGGAGAGAGAAAAUGGUAACUCUUCUGAACAUCGUUUUUUUCCAUGUGGCAGACUUUUUUUAAGUCUAGAAGAUUUUUCAAGUGGGAAAUACCUAGUGACCUUUCCGAAGAAACCUAUAGAACAAAUGGAAGAUCUCUUUGCACUUCUUGCAACAUUGCAAAAAACUUGCUUCCAAAUUACAUCAGCCAGAUAUGCCCUGACUUCAAUGAAGACAUGGCUCUUGGAACACAUGGAAUGUGAAGUAAUCAAAAAAUUUCCAGAAAUUUGCUUUUGUAAAGGGUCAGAAAAUUUGUAUGGGACACUCUUCCACUGGCAACAAAGGACACCGUUUGAAGGGAUUUUAAUAAUCUAUUCCAGGAAUCAAUCAGUUUUGUUUCAGUGCCUUCGUAAUCUCACCAGAGUUCUCCCUAUAAACUGUUCCUUGAAAAAUCUAAAAUCAGGAAGUGAGGAUUUCCUAAGUGAUCAUUUGGCAUUAACUUUGGAGAAGGAAUUGGUUAUCCUUGGUUCUCUUGCUUCUGCCUUAGUUAAGGUUGAAAACAACUUGGUGCAGAGCUGUGAAGCAAGCAAAGAAAAUAGUAGUGGUGUUCUGACUGUUUUAUCAGACAGCAAAGAAAACAUCCAGCCCUACAGAGAAGAACUUCAGAGAGAAAAGCAAACGUUGGGGAUGGACCUAAAAGUGAGUGGUGCCCUUUAUAGAGAACUGACUUUGCAAUUAGCUGAGGUUCAGUUGAAAUCAGACCUCACUGCACAGACAUUGAGUGGUCAGUAAUUAUAAUCUCAGUUUGAUUAUAUUUUAAAAUAUUUUCCCUGCCAGAAUAGUUUGAUUUCACUUGGUUUUAUUUCACAUUAUAUGCCUCCUUUGUAAAAAUUAAAAGUGAGGCUUUUUGUAGAAUCAGGUUUUGAUGAUGCACAAAAUAUCAAGCCGUAGGGCAGCACUUCUUGAACUGGAGCCAUUUUGCCUCCCUCCAACCUUCUCCCCGCUUUCCUCACCUUCCCUGCCCAGAAGCAUUUAGCUUGUGUGCAGACAACUUUUUUUAAUUGUCAAAAGGAGUGGACAGUGGGGAGGCUGAUGCAGGGGUGCUAUUCACAUCUGGUAGGUAGGAGCCAGCGAUGCUGCUAAAUAUCCUAGUGUGCACAGAUGAACUCCCCUAGAAAGAAUGAUUCUUUCCCGGCUGGUGUGGCUCAGUGAUUGAGCGUCGACCUAUGAACCAGGAGG